UCCUAUACUUCUCAUAAAAUAACAAAGCAAGUUCUCUCACUACAAAAACACUCUUUAGCUCCUAAAAUAAUCAAGUUAUCAAUGGCCUCAACCAAAUCCUUCAUCACUGCUUUACUUGUUGUUGUGACAAUGUCAAGCAUGAGUCUAGAAGCUCGCCAUCUUUUGCAAACAACCUCACAACAACCAAAUUUGCCUAGCAUUCCCACUUUACCAAAACCAACAACAACAUUGCCACCUUUGCCUUCAAUUCCAACAUUGCCUCAAGCAAGUCUUCCACCAUUGCCAGUGCCAACUACCAUUCCAUCUCUUCCUAAGCUUACUAUGCCACCACUUCCUACCUUUCCUACAAAUAUUCCAUCCCUUAACAUUCCACCAUUGCCAUCAGUCACUUCACUUCCCAACAUUCCAACCUCAAUCCCAACCACUUUCCCCUCCAUCCCAUUUUUUCUCUCCACCACCUUCUUCAACAUCUAGCCCUUAAACACUUCUUCAUUUAUUAUCUUUACAUGCAAUAUACAUUGCAUCAUUUCCUUUUUGUGUGUUUAAAUUGUACGAGGUUGAAAUGUUAUUGGUAUAUUUAUUGUAUUGUAUGGUGCGAAAAAAAUAUGUAUUUUUCUUUUUUUUUUCCUACUUACACCGGUGUGUCACUAUUGUUUGUAUUUUUAUUUUUAUAUUAUUGAUUAUUGAUGUUGAAUUACACAUUUAAUACAAUUGUGAUGACUUAUUUCUUCUCU